UGGUGCAUACUAAAUUUGGCAGCUGCAGAUCUUCUUUUUACGUUUCUAACUAUUUUCAACGGCAUUGCGUUUUUGUGGCAUUGGAUAGGUGGCGAUGUUCUUUGUAAAUUACAGGGAUUCUCUGUCGAGACGACUUAUACUGUCUCAAUAACAAACCUUGUACUGAUAAGCUACCAGAGACUUACAGCCAUUACGGAUCCCCUGAAGACAAGGGCAAGAAAUAUCUUGAAUAAAGAAUAUCGAAAAAUAUUACUUUUGUGGGGAACUGGUGUACUCGCCUGCUCACCUUUACUUUUCUUGUAUCAGACAAGAGUCAUCCAAGAAAAAGAAAAAACAGAAUGCGAUAACUUGGCAUUGGGAGGUAUCGCUCGAAAGGUAUUCUACAGCUUGCAUGCCUUAUUUUUCUUUGUUUUUCCAUUGUGUUACAUGGUUUAUUCACAAAGCAAGAUAUUCCGCGUUUUGCGCAAACAACGAGUUGUGCCGCGGACACUGCAAGGAGCCGAAAUCUCCAGGAGACGUCAUAGAAAGGUUGCCAAAACUCUUUUAGCUUUAACAGUUGUGUUUGUUUUGUGCUGGUCUCCAUUCAUGACCACCAGAACUCUGAUGUAUUUUGACUUAGCACAACCAGACAUGAUAUGGAGGGCCAGCCAGCUGUUGCUUUGUCUAAAUACAGUGCUGGAUCCCAUAAUGUACGGUGUUUAUGGAAGAAACCUCAAAAAAGUUUGGCGAGUAUCUCGCUGUUGCAAGUCGCCAAGAAGCAGA